AUGGCGAUUUUCACGAUAGCUGGAUUGGAUGACUAUGGCUGGGUGGUGAAUGUUGGUCUGGGGCUCAUUGCCUACCUGGCAUGGCUAAUUGCUUCACGCACUUACUUCAACCCUCUCUCCAAAUACCCAGGUCCCUUCUUCUGGUCGUUCUCCCGCAUCCCUCACGCCUUCUAUCUCGUCACCGGCCGUCUCCCGUUCAAGAUUGCUGAAUUUCAUGAGCGUUAUGGUCCCAUCGUUCGUAUUGCUCCUGAUGAACUGGUCUUUAUCCAAGAGGAGGCCUGGCUAGAUAUCUACGGAAAGCCUCAACCGAGAAAUACGCAGUUGAGAAAGGAUCCGUCCGUUUUUGUUACGGCUCCUGAUGGGCCGAAGGGAAUUCUAGUCGAGCCUAAUGAUGAAAUUCAUGCUCGGUUGAGACGGAAUCUUGCUCCUGGGUUCUCGGACAAGGCUUUGAGAGAUCAAGAACCAUUGUUGAACAAGCACUUUGACUUGCUUAUGAGCAGAUUUCGUGAGAAGUCCGGGAAGCCAUUUGAUAUCUCUCAAUGGUAUGAAUUCAUGACUUUCGACAUCAUUGGAGACUUGACAUUUGGAGAGUCCUUCGGUUGUCUCGAGAGUUCGAAAGCGAAUAUUUGGCUUGAUACACUCCGCGUAGCUGCUCCUGCGGCGACCAUCUUAGGGAUGCUGUCCAAAUACCCGCCGACUCUUUCUGUCCUCACAUCGCUAAUACCGAUGAUGAGAAGAGAAGAGCAGAAGUUUCGAAGCCUCACAGAGGGCAAAAUGCGUCAUCGUCUCACGUUGGGACAACGUCCAGACUUUAUUGGCAAUGUCCAAGAAGUUAUUGAUCAACCUGAUGGCAUCUCAUUCAGAGAGAUGCAAGAAACGGCUGGAGUCCUUCUCGUUGCUGGGUCAGAUACUACCGCCAGUACACUUGCCGGUGUGACAUACUACCUAUCGACCUAUCCAAAGGUGCUCACCAAGCUCACCAAAGAAAUUCGAAGUGCAUUCAAGGAUGAGUCAGAAAUCACUGCAGUGAGCGUAAACUCUCUGGAGUACAUGCUAGCUGUUCUGAACGAAACACUUCGAAUCUACCCUCCAGUCUCAGGCAACACAACUCGCAUCACACCACCCGAAGGAGGCAUGAUCGCCGGAAAAUGGGUACCAGGCGAGACUUCCGUGGCCAUCAACCACUGGGCUGCCUUCCAUAAUUCAAGCAACUUCAUCCGUCCAUACGAAUUCAUCCCAGAACGCUGGCUCGGAGCGCCGGAAUUUAAUGACGACAAGAAGAAAGUACUGCAGCCUUUCAACGUCGGGCCGAGGAAUUGUUUGGGGAGGAAUCUGGCGUAUCUGGAGAUGAGGGUUGUGCUUGCGAGGUUGGUGUGGGGUUUCGAUAUGGAGAUUUCGGAGGAGAGUAUUGGGUGGGAGAAGGGGCAGACGGGGUAUAUGCUUUGGUCGGGUAGGAAGCCGUUGAUGGUCAAGCUUACACCUGUGGCGAGAGAUUGA